AUGUGGCUCGUUUACGUUGGACUAUUUAUUUUAUUCAUAUUCUUACUUGAUUACUUUCUGAUUGACAAGAGGAAGCUGGAGCUUUCUAAGCAAUUCAAUGGACCACUGAGGCUUCCACUUAUUGGAACUAUUUACAUCUUCUUUGGAGCAUCCACAAAAGAUUAUUACAAGCUUGUCAAAGACAGUAUGGACCAAUUUGGCAAAACAGGUAACAAAAUAGUGCGUUCAUGGAAUGGACCAUCAUUAGAAUUAAAGAUUGACGACUAUAAACUUCUUGAAGCAAUUACAACGAAUCAAAAUUUCUCAGCAAAAAGCUCACAAUAUAGUUUUAUGCAUGCUGCAGUCGGCGAAGGACUAUUAUUCAGUUCUGGAAAGAAGUGGUUUAAUAGACGAAGGAUCAUCACACCAACCUUCCAUUUUAAGAUUCUCGAGCAGUUUUUUGAAAUUUUUGUAAACCAAAAUAAGAAUUUGAUGGAAACGAUUAGAAGUGAACCAAAUGGAAAACCUUUUAACAUCUUUCCAGUCAUAACUUCCUCAAUUCUAAGCUCAUUGUGUGAAACGGCAAUGGGAUAUGAAAUGAAAGCUAAAGAUUCUGAUUAUCUUAAUGCUGUCAAGCAACUUGGAAAGAUUGUAGCUACAAGAUUUGUCACGCCUUGGAAAAAAAGUCAGUUCCUUUUCAGUUUCACUAAUGCUAGUAAGAUUCAGGAAAGAUAUGCAAAAAUAAUGCGAGAAUUUACAACUAAAUUGAUUGAGGAACGAAGAAAGGUUUUGUUAAAUAAGGCUGAAGACUUAGAGCAUUUGGAUGACGAAGAUGUUGGUUUAAAGAAGAAAAUGUGCUUACUUGAUGUUCUGCUCCAGUCAACAAUUGAUAAUAAGCCAUUGAGUAAUGAAGAUAUUCAGGAAGAAGUUGACACAUUUACAUUUGCAGGGCAUGAUACAACAACAAAUGCGAUUUGCUUCACACUUUACAUGAUCGCUAAGCAUCCGGAAGUACAAGAGAAACUAAAUAAAGAGAUCCAAGAAGUACUUGGAGAUGAAGAAUUGACAUUCAAAAGCUUAAAUGAAUUUAAAUACCUUGAGUUGGUGAUUAAAGAAAGUUUGAGGUUAUAUCCACCAGCACCGAUCAUCGCAAGACGUCUCUUUGAAGAAGUGGACUUUGGUGAUUUUAUAGCACCAGCAAAUACAAAUUACAACUUGAUCUUUUUCAGUGCCUUCCGUAAUCCUGAAGUUUUUGACAAGCCAGACGAGUUUGUUCCUGAGAGAUUUUUGAAGGAUAUGCCAGCCUUUGCAUUUAUUCCAUUUAGUGCUGGUCAACGAAAUUGCAUAGGUCAAAAGUUCGCCAUGACAAGUAUCAAGACCAAUAUUGUGAAUAUUUUGAGACAAUUCACUGUCAUUCCAGGUGAUAAAGAACCAGAAGUUGAGAUUAACCUCACCCUCAAGUGUGACUCACUUCUUGUUGGUUUUAAAAGCAAAUGA